AUGCCUCCCUUCCGCCCCCUCGUCCUCCGCCCUCUCUCCUCAACCAUCAACUCCUCCUCCUCCUCCUCCUCCUCCAUCAUCAUCCGCACCACCACCCUCCGCUCCUCAUCAACAUUCUCCUCCCGCCCCUCGCCCCCCAAACUCCCCGCCGCCCAACAAGCCGAAUUCGAACGCCUCCAGCGCGCAGCCGCCGUAUCCUCCGCCUUUCAAGAAACCCAGCAGUCCUCUCCUCCAGCCACCGAAGCCCUCCGCCACACAUCCUCCCCAUCUUCAUCUUCUUCCUCCACCAUAAACACUGCUGCAAAGGACAAGGGCGAUGGAACGACGCUGAAUCAGGGCCUGUUUCGAGGCGCGAAACCCGAGUUUGAGGGCAAUGUCAAUCCCAAGACGGGAGAGGUCGGGGGGCCGAAGAAUGAGCCUUUGCGGUGGGGUGGGAAUGGGGAUUGGAGCUAUAAUGGGCGGGUGACGGAUUUCUGA